AGUUCCAGGUCCCCUUGCUUCCCUCCCACCGCCCCGAACCGGUAGUCAACAGACCACGUUGCGAGCCUCGGAGACAUCGUAGAACUAGACCAGCUCCGGUACUCGUCUAGACGGCUGAGACUCUUCUUAGACGCUCACGGGCACGAGUCCUCCAACAACAGCAGCUGCUCUGUAGCACUUGUCCUGUCCUCUUUUCUCCACACCUUUGGCUAACCGGGAAGGCACUGAGUGACUGCUAUUAAUUCUAUUUAAAAUGGGUGUAAAGAAGAAGAAAGAAAUGCAAGUAACUGCAAUGACCAUUUGCCAUCAAGACCUUGAAACUUUGAGAUCUUUGGCUGAUGUGGAAGGAAAGAAUCUGGCUUCUUUGCUGUUACAUUGUGUACAGCUCACGGAUGGAGUGUCACAAAUCCAUUAUGUUAAACAGAUUGUGCCUUUACUGGAGAAGGCAGAUAAAAAUGGCGCAUGUGAUCCCACUAUUCGAAGUUGUUUGGAUAUUUUAGCAGGCAUUUAUCUUUCUUUGACUGUAAAGAAUCCCUUGAAGAAGGUCUUGGCAAGCUCACUAAAUGGCCUACCUGAAUUUUUUCUAACUGAGGCUAUACAAAGUUUUACUUCUCGUCUUCAGGAACAAUUGAAUACUACUGACCUAUAUUCUUAUAGGAAAGUAACUGACAAUAUAUCUUCCUGUAUGGAAAACUUUGACUUGGGUAGAGCAGGAGUUAAUAAUCUUCUUAAAAAUGUGCUUCAUUUUCUGCAGAAGAGUUUAAUUGAAAUCUCAGAAGAAAAUAGAAAAUUUGCUGGAAAUCAUAUAGUUCAAACGCAGUUGAUGAAUGACUUGUUGGUAGGCACUAGAGUUUCAGUGAUGUUAGUGCAGAAAAUACAAGACUUUCAGAGAAUUCAUUUGAAGACUUCCGGUUCUCCCACAUGGCAAAGUAUGUGUGGAUUGCUGAGUAUUUUCACCAAGUUUUUAAGCGAUGAUGACCUCUUACAGACAAUUCAGAGUACAUCUGGAUUAGCUGUUAUUCUUUUUAUUAAGGCUAUGUUUCAUCCCCCUGAAAAGAUUCCUGAUUUGAUUAGUAGUUUGCUUCUCCGUUCAGUGGACUGCACCAGCAUCCCCGACUGGUUUUUGAACUGCUGCAGGAGCCUCUGUUGUACUGAUGUCUCGCAGUCAACUCUCUUAUUCCUGUGUCAGGGGACACUCACCAUGUUGGACUGGCAGAAUGGGAGUAUGGGCCUAAGUGGGGAGGCCCUGCUCUUGAAUAUUGUGCAUGUCUUGUUCACCUUCAGUUCACAGAUCAAGGAAUCGACUCUGGAAUUGUUUCUGUCUAGAAUUUUGGCGUCCUGGACUAAUUCAGCCAUACAUGUCCUUGAAUCAAGUUCCCCAAGCCUAAAGGACAGUCUGAAUGGAAAUUCAAGUGUAGUUGGGAGACUUUUAGAAUAUGUCUAUACCCACUGGGAACAUCCACUGGAUGCUUUGAGACACCAAACCAAAAUUAUAUUCAGAAAUAUUCUCCAAAUGCACCAGCUCACUAAAGAAAAGUCAGACUCUGAAACGUCAGGUUUGGCUGCGGAUCGUUUCAUCUGUGAUCUGACUGAAAGUCUUCUGCAAUUGGAAUGGCAUGUGAAAGGGAAAUACGCAUGCCUUGGUUGUUUAGUAGAUUACGUAGGAAUUGGACAUAUUUUGGCACUAGCUAAAACUAUUCCAUCACAAAUCUUAGAGGUGAUGGGAGACCAGUCCUUGGUACCUUAUGCAAGUGACCUCUUGGAAACCAUGUUCAGAAAUCACAAGAGUCAUUUGAAGUCCCAGGCUGUCGACAGUACUUGGAUUGAUGAGUGGCAUGAGACUUGGGUUUCUCCUCUCCUUUUUAUACUGUGUGAAGGAAAUCUGGAUCAGAAAUCUUACGUGAUUGAUUAUUACUUGCCAAAAUUAUUGAACUGCAGCCCUGAAAGCUUAAGCUACAUGGUAAAGAUUCUUCAAACUUCUGCUGAUGCUAAAACUGGGUCUCACAAUAGUAGAGGGGCUCUGGGAGCUUUGAUGGCAUGUCUGCGAACAGCUAGAGCUCAUGGACAUCUUCAGUCUGCAACUGGUGCCUGGAGGAACCUUGUGUCCAGUGCAAGAAUAAAACAAGGCUUAAUUCAUCAGCACUGCCAAGUACGGAUAGAUACAUUAGGCUUGCUUUGUGAAAGUAAUCGAAGCACAGAAAUCGUUUCCAUGGAAGAAAUGCAGUGGAUUCAAUUCUUUAUCACAUACAAUCUUAACAGUCAGUCCCCAGGAGUACGACAGCAGAUUUGUUCUCUUCUUAAAAAGUUGUUUUGUAGGAUACAGGAAAGUUCUCAGGUGCUUUAUAAACUGGAGCAAAGUAGAUCCAAACAUGAGUCAGAGAAUGAGUUAACCAAACAGCACCCUUCUGUUUCUUUACAGCAGUAUAAGAAUUUCAUGUCAUCCAUUUGCAACCGUCUUUUUGAGGCACUGUUUCCUGGGUCUUCCUACCCAACUAGAUUUUCAGCUUUAACCAUUUUAGGCUCAGUAGCUGAAGUUUUUCCUGUCCCAGAAGGUCAAGUCCAAACAGUGUAUCAGCUGAGUCAUGAUAUUGAUGUAGGUCGUUUCCAAACACUAAUGGAAUGUUUUACCAGCACUUUUGAGGAAGUGAAGAUUUUAGCAUUUGAUCUUCUAAUGAAGUUACCAAAAACAGUUGUACAAUUUCAGGAUUCAGAGAAACUGCAAGCCUUAUUCCAAGCAGCCCUGGAGCUCAGCUCAAGCACUAAACCAUACGACUGUGUGACAGCUUCCUACCUGUUGAACUUCUUAAUCUGGCAGGAUGCCCUGCCCUCAUCUCUGUCUGCCUCCUUACAAACUCAGCAAGCUUCAUGUGGAAAUGGAGAUAAGUCUGCUGUUGUGGUGGAGAGGAACACAUUAAUGGUUAUCAAAUGCUUGUUGGAAAAUCUUGAGGAAGAAGUAUCUCAGGCUGAAAAUUCUCUCCUUCAGGCAGCAGCAUCAUUUCCACUGUAUGGGCGAGUUCACUGUAUAACGGGCGCUUUGCAGAGGUUAUCUCUAAACAGCCUACGGUUGGUGAGUGAAUGGAGACCUGUGGUAGAGAAGCUCCUUUUGAUGUCUUACAGGCUUUCUGCUGUGGUGUCUCCAGUCAUUCAGAGCUCCUCCCCAGAAGGCCUCAUCCCAAUGGACACUGAUUCAGAGUCAGCAAGCCGCUUACAGACGAUUCUGAGUGAGAUUCAACCGCGAGAUACUAAUGAUUACUUCACUCAAGCCAAAAUACUCAAAGAACGUGAUAGCUUUGAUUUGGAGGACUUGAAUGCCAGUGUGCCAAAUAUUGGUGCUUCAGCAGAGAUCAAAGGUAAAGAAAGAAAAACAUGUGAUGUAACUGCUCAGAUGGUGCUGGUAUGUUGUUGGCGAAGUAUGAAGGAGGUCGCUUUACUUUUAGGCACACUGUGCCAGCUUCUUCCCAUGCAGUCCAUGCCAGAAUCUUCCAAUGGCUUACUGACAGUGGAGCAGGUAAAAGAAAUAGGAGAUUACUUUAAACAACACCUCUUACAGUCCAGGCACAGAGGAGCGUUUGAACUGGCUUACACUGGCUUUGUGAAACUUACUGAAAUACUAAACAGGUGCCCCAAUGUGAGUCUGCAAAAGCUACCGGAACAGUGGUUAUGGAAUGUUUUAGAGGAAAUUAAAUGCAGUGAUCCUUCAUCUAAACUCUGUGCUACAAGGCGCAGUGCUGGAAUUCCUUUCUACAUACAGGCGCUAUUGGCAUCUGAACCUAAGAAAGGCAAAAUGGAUUUGUUGAAAAUAACAAUGAAAGAGUUAAUCACAUUGGCUGGGCCUACAGAUGACUCACGGAGCACAGUCUCCAAGGUUCAUGCUUUAAAUAUCCUUAGAGCCUUGUUCAGAGAUACACGUCUGGGAGAAAAUAUUAUUCCGUAUGUUGCUGACGGAGCUAAAGCUGCAAUUCUAGGCUUUACAUCACCAGUCUGGGCAGUGAGAAAUUCAUCCACACUUCUUUUUAGUACCUUGAUCACAAGAAUAUUUGGAGUUAAAAGGGGAAAGGAUGAACUCUCCAAAAAAAAUAG